AAUCAAACGGCUCACGCACGUCAGCUCUCAGGAAGGGGCCCUAACACCUCUUGGCCCAGCGCUGUUUCACUGCUCCCUCCAUGAAAAGAUGUCUCUCCCUUCUGCCCUGAAGUAUGUGACGCGUAAUUCUUUCUUGGCUAAUUGCCCUGGGGCAAACCUUCAGACUCUCCCUUCUUCCAUCUCUUAAGGGAUUGUGUGAUCUUUUUAAGCAUCGGUCCGCACCACUAAGCCAGCCCUGAGAAAUGGAAUCCCACGCCCAAUCCCAACACCAAACUCGGCAAAGUGUCAGGCUGCCAGCAGCCUCUUUCUGAGCUCCAUUGCAUCUUUUCUGUCUCCGGCUUUGCCGAACUCCCCUGUCAGCAGGACCUUCCAAGCAGCCUUAGGCCAUCCUCUUUUCCUGCAACGCAACGUCUCCAGUUAUCCCGGCGGGUCCAAGCCAGCUUCCAGUGUCCCCCCAGCAAGCAUCAUGUCCACCGUUCAGCUGCCGCCCGGCGCCAUCCGGCCACCGCCCUACGUGGUGGUCUUCGGCCCUGACGCCAACUGUACGCUCCAGAUCUGCCCGGUGGAGAUAUCCGUGUACGGCUACCGGCCCUCGCUUGCGGCCAACAUCUCCUUCAUUGCCUUGUAUGCAAUCGCUUCCGCGAUCCACAUCUACCUCGGAGUGCGGUGGAAGCAGUGGUGGUUCACAGGCUGCAUGAUUAUCGGCGCUGUCAACGCCAUCAUCGGAUACGUCGGCCGUGUCCUGCUGUACUACAACCCCUUCAGCUUUGCGGCUUUUGUGUUGCAGAUUAUCUGCAUCACGACAGGGCCGGUAUACUACUGUGCUGCCAUCUACAUCACGCUCGCUCUCGCCAUCAACUUCCUCUCGCCUGACCUGUCCCGGUUCAAGCCCAAGCUCUUCUACUACAUCUUCAUCCCCUGCGAUCUCUUCUCACUCGUCGUCCAGGCGGCCGGCGGCGGGCUCUCGACCUCGACGAAGGGCCAGAGCCAGACGGGCGUGAAUCUCGCCCUCGUCGGGCUGUCCUUCCAGGUCUUCACCAUCCUCCUCUUUUGCUUCUUCUUUGGCGACUAUCUUAUCCGCUACUGGCGCUCGGGGCGUUGGCAAGACGGCGUCGCUUCCCGGGGAGACUCGGCCACCCGCCUGAAGCUCUUCUUCGGCUUCAUGGUUGUGGCCGUCCUGUUCACCCUUAUUCGCUGCGCGUAUCGACUGGCGGAGCUCAACCAGGGCUACAGGGGUCACUUGAUUCGUGACGAGCCGCUCUUUAUAGCAUUUGAAGGAGUUAUGGUUCUCGGUGCGGUGUAUUGCCUCAUGGUCGGACAUCCAGGCCUGGUAUUCAGGCCGGACCAGAAGCUUCGACCACUGGCAGCGGGACAGGAUCGGACAUCGGGACACAGUGGGCAGGAAUUGACAGAGCAUCCUUCUCGCAAAACGACGAAUCAGUGAUUCCACAGGAGCGUUGUCCUGACAUAAUGGAACGACGGACAGGCCGACGGGAUGUUGGUUCAGGGCAUGUUGAAAAGAGAUACCAAGAUUAACGUAGUGAGAUAAUUAGUUAGCGACUUUUCCCAUCAGACAUCGGCUACUGUUUAGCGGCGUUAAAAGUGCCGUAGACCGGAAUGAGUUGCGCCGGCGAUGCCCGCGUGGUGGGCGUGUAAGAUGUCGAAGGAAAAAGCCAGGAG